UUCCAGACAGUAGGCCGCACGAAGGGAGCAGUCUCUAUGGUAACGUUUAUCCGGCUGACACUUAGUCCCGCCUUCACGCUGACAGACGCAGGCUACACCCGGAAGUGUCACAGAGGCGUCCCGUACCGUUGCUGUAUUUCGUGCAACCGGGGAUCAGAGCGGCCUCGGGUUAUGAGGCAUAAAGGAUCCGGCGCCAGAGCGCUCCCCAUCUCGGCAUGGCCUUCUCUCCCGCCAACCAGCCUCAGCUUAUCCGCAGCAGCCAGAAGGAUGAGCAGUUCCAGGGCUGCCUGAAGGGCCAGGCGCAUGAGGCCUGCCAGGCUGUCGCUGGUGCAAAAAAGUGGCUGCAGUGGAGAAAAGAGAUUGAGCUGCUCUGUGAUCUGGCCUACUACACACUCACAACGUUUUCUGGUUACCAGACUCUUGGGGAAGAGUAUGUUAAUAUCGUCCAAGUGGAUUCAUCCAAGAGGAAAGUGCCAUCCUUGCUGCAGCGCUUUCUGCUCAUCUGCUGUCGCACGUUAUUCCCUUACCUACUGGAUAAGGAGCUAGUGCACCUGGAGCAAGAGCUUCAAAUUGAAAUAGAUGGAGUACGGGUAUCGCAUAGCAGCUCCCAUCGCCGCUCCAAGAUAUGGAAAUGGGUUCACAGAAAGAUAUCUGCUCUCACAGAGCAGCAGAAAAAGACUUUGGUGAAGGUGGUCUAUGCUGUCAGACAAAGUAUUACCUUUCUCAGAAGGUUUCAUCUGGCCACCUUCUAUAUGAAUGGAAUGUUCUAUCAUAUUGCCAAGCGUGUAACUGGAAUCACAUAUCUUCGUGUCCGGGGAUCAGUUGGGGACGACCGUCUUGUGCGUAGGAGUUACAGCCUCCUUGGUGCAGUGUCGCUCGUUCAUCUCAUGCUAUUGUUUUGUGUUCAGCUGUAUAAUUUUCAGCAGAAGCAGGAGGCCCAGCAGAAAUUUAAGCUCCAUCGAAGAAUGUCAUAUCAAAGGGCACCACCCCAUGAGAAAUCCUACCAGCGGACAGCAAAAUGCACAUUGUGCUUAGAACAGCGGAGGCACAGUACAGCGACACCUUGUGGUCACCUCUUUUGCUGGGAGUGCAUUACGGAGUGGUGUAAUUCCAAGGCUGAAUGCCCGUUAUGCAGAGAGAAAUUUCACCCCCAGAAACUGGUCUACCUGCGGCAUUACCGAUGAGGACUUUUCUGUAUGUCUCCCCGUGUCCGAGGGCUUCAUGAGGCGUCUACAUAAGCAGCUGCUUUACUGCACAUUUAGGGUUGAUGUGUUCUAACCCAUUCCAUGAAAGCACAAAUACUCCAUGCCAAACUCAGUUUGAUGUUUACAGGAUGUGUGCUGUCACAUUGUGCUUACUGGUAACUGUCACUUCAGCAAGUCCUGUUACAUAACGACUCCUGCCACAGGCAAUACAUCUACAUUUACUCUCAAAUACCAGAUCUGUAAUAUGAUCAUUUUAGAAUUCUGGAGUGAAUUUGUAAAUACUUUGGUUUAAAGCACAUUUGUUGUGGAAAUACCCCAGAUUAGCAGGUUAUCGGAGACUCAGAAGGGGUUGUGUGGUUCCCAUCUGUUUCAUACUUGAAGAUUGCAGUCUCCAUAUGUACUCAGAGCAACUAUACAAUACGCACAAGUGCAUCUGAAUAAUUUUAUAUAACAUAACUAUGUUUUUAUUGUUGUCAACUGGGCCUCCUACUGCCAUCUGCUGGCAGCUACAGGUCGCUGCUCCUUGCUAUGUAAACUAGGCCUGUCACUUUUCUGCUACAAGAAACUACAGCGUCUGUCAGGCCGUGGUCUUGCAGCCCCCACCCCUCCCAAGCUCGGGUGGUAUACAUAUUUCCUAAUAUACAGUAAUACCUGGCACCUGAAAAAGAUGUCCCAGGAUGCCCUACAAUUGUUCCAAAGGAGCUGUAAACAAUUUUGUUUCUACUAGCCAACUUUUUUCUUUUUCAGGUGCCAUGCUUAAAAUACUGAGUGCUCAAUCUGUUGUUUUUUAAUAUAUGUACCCAAAUAUUUGAGCUGCCCAUAUAAACAAAUAGCGCACAACACAUACUAAUGGGCCCUACAGACUUUGCGAUUCGCUGCCGAGCUGCCCGACUGGGGGGGCAGUGACGGGUGGAGUAAAGUUUCUUCACUCCCCCGUCACCCAGCUCCAUAGAAGUGCAGGCAAAUCUGGACGAUCUCAUCCAUAUUGGCCUGCAUGCACAAGCGACGGGGCCCCAGCGAUGAACGGGCGCGGGGCCGCGCAUCGUUCAUUGCUGGUGCCUCCACACGGAAAGAUAUGAACGGUAUAUCGUUCAUUAAUGGAGAUCGUUCAUAUCUUUCAGUAUUAUCGCCCAGUGUGUAGGGCCCAUAACUUAUGUGCAGCAACACAUCACAGACAUGGAGGGAGAUCCAGUUAUGAGCAACGCCAAAUAAUAGUUUCUAGUUCAAGUGCUUAAAUGAAAAAUAAAACACAAGUGAGCAGUUGACGGAUGUUGUAGAACUACAUAGCUCAGCAUGUCCUUAUCACAAUUUUUUUUGAGCAUAUCCUGUAAUUUUGUGUAGAGCCAGAAGAUGAGGUGGGAUGGGUUAGCCCUGCAUAUAGCUGUGCCGAGUAUCAAAAAAGCUGUGACCAGUGUUCAAAUGUGAAUCUUUAGCGCAGCUUCCUUUACCCUGCGACAGAGAAAUGAGAGCACAUUUCAUUGUCAGGAGCCUGUAAUGUAGCAAUGGAAGCUAAAGUGACAUAGUCUAGAGUAAGAGUAACCCUGUCCACCAUUGCUGUAGACCCUAUACUGGUUAUCUAAACACAGUGCCUCGUGCCUCAUCUGUGGUGGCGCCAGUACCUAGUGAAUUGAUAGGCUGUGUUCUUGUAUUGUUCCAGCCAACUGAAUGACUGCUUCCAUGGUGUGCAGGCAACAGUUUUACUCUCUCCACAAUAUCUUCCAUGCACAAAAGGAAUUCAGCUUUAGGUGGAAUAACAGUAGUUGAACUGAACCCAGUGUAUUGCUUACGUGGGGUCUGGUAUCACACUGAAGUGGGCAGCUGAUCUCUCCUCAUUCCACUGACCUGGUCAUUUCUGCAGUAUUGGAGGAAAGUAUCACAGAGCCAAAGCAAACAUCAGCUGGCCCACUGUAUUGGCUGAGAUACCAGCACCCAGGCUACUGCUAGAUUGGAAUUAAUUUAUGUACUAAAAUGCUCAUGUCCAACAUUACACAACACACUGAUGUCUAACCUGUCAUAAAAUAAUUUGUAUGUUCUGUAUUUCCCUGUGCAAAGAUCAUCAGCAACUGACUACUGCUUAUCUCUGACCAGGCAUUGCCAAAACUACUACUAACUUGCACCUAAUUGUAUUGUUCAUGUAAUGUUUGACAAAAAUGUUGAUUUGAGAAUACAUUUGAUUAAUAUAUACAGAAGUUUGGGAAAAUGUACUUAUUAAUCAAUAUUGUUUGUGUUAAAAAAAAAAAAAAGUUAAUUCAAUAACAUUUUGCUAUAAUGGAUUAAAUACUAUGUGUUUGAAUGAAA